GACGUCAAAAGUACGCGACUGACCUCGGUUUGUGUCGGCUGCCGAGCUUAACAGCUGCUGCAAUUGUGUUUUGGUUUUGUUUUGCCUAUCAUGUGCACUUAUCAUGAGGUAAGACACACAACAGCGUCAGCCUUGUCGUCGAUUCUGCUCAGUCGUCGCUGGCUGUCCAGGCUGCUUCUGCACCUGAAUACAGUGCUAGCCUGUUAGCUCACAGCUAGCUCCAUUGCAGGAUCAGCACCUAAUGUAUGCGAAAUGCGCAACCAUUGCGGAUGUGGUGCAGACAAAAUUGCGCAUCAAUGCGACAGAAUACAGAAGUCAACAUAACUAAAGAAAACAGAGAAAGCUUUCUGAAAAUGAAGAGUUUUAAGCAGUGUUAUGUUUUGUUAUUGUAUUUCAGCUCUGGGUGCGAUCCUCUGCCUGGAUGAAGCAUCUCACAGUAUGACAGCUUGUGUGUGUGUUUAUCUCUGAGCUACAGUCUGCAGUGUUGUUUCAUGUGUUUUAUAUAUCAGCUGAGCAUACAUGUGAAGGAUGUCGAGAUUGAAGGGACUGCUACGAUAGGAGUUCAGUCUCUCUUAUUUCUAAUCAUACAAUAAGAUUGUAUCCCUCACUCAAACACAGUUAUAUGUUGAUUUAUUUAAAAAAAAAAGGAGUGUUGUUAUUCUAAAUAAGAAUUCUUCAACUCUAUAUUUCCUAUAGUAUCAACCAAUGCUAUGUGUGGUUGCUCUCCCCAAAGCUGGUUUCUGAUUAUUUGAUGCAACAUUUGGAAGUUGAAAUGUAUUUAGUUGGAGGUUUAGUUUCACCUUGAACUUGUGUUAAUGGGGCAGCGGCCGCCAGUAUCAGAAUUGGCCCGCCAGUCAGUUCUGCUGUGAAUCAGGUGUGACCCAUGACUGAGUACUACGAGGAAGGGGGGCUGCUGUACGAGCAAUCACCUCCCAUGCACAUCAAGGUGGAGUCUCCAGAGGGACCCUUUGGAGGGGGAGCCUCAGAAAACGGCUUCCCCAGGGAGGAUGAGGACUCGGAGGGCAGCUGUGACCAAAAUAGUGGAUUACCUGGUGGGCUUCCCUUCAAUGUGGUAGUGGUGCAUCCGAACAUUAUGGCACCUGGCAUGUCCUCAGACGACCUCUUGUCAAUCGAACAAAACAGAGCUAUGUCCGCUGCAUUGGCUGCUGGUGGUGCAGGAAAAAGAAAGAGUCGUUUCAGUGGAGCAGAGCUGGAGGUGUUGGUGUCAGAAGUCACUCGGUGUGAAGGAGAGCUCUUUGGUCCCGCAGGAAGGCUUAGGCGACGAGAGAGAGAGCGCAUCUGGGCAGGAAUCCUAGAGAGAGUCAACGCUGUUUCGAGAGUACCGCGUACCCUUCGAGAGGUAAAGAAGCGCUGGGACGACUUGAAGAGACGCAAUGGAGGCAGACUAGCAGAUGCUCGCCACCGCAGCUGUUAUCUGCCAUCCAGCAGAGGGGCCUCGAUGCUUGGCCGUCCCUCCCAGACAAGCCCCAGGCUUCAACAUGCCAGGCAAAAACAAAGCACCAGACCAAAGCCCAGUUUUCCAUGCUUCCCUGACUCAGAUACAGUUGUAGGAAUGGAAGGAUCAGAAAGAGAUGGUUUGGAGAAAGAUGAGGACAAUCCUGAGCACGACAGAGACAUGGGAGAACCUGAGUGUGAACCAGGCGAGAACAGCAUGGAGGACAAAUUGGGAUUAGGACUGGGUUUGGGCAUAGGACCACCACCUUCUUCAGAACGAUGGCUUCCUCCUUCCCCCCUUUACAGUGCUCCUUUCUUAAACGGCAGCCCCCAACCCAGCAGUCCUCAGCCAUCGCUUGGAGCACAUCAGGGUCCUCUGGAAGCCCCUCCACGCAGCUCCUGGCUGGAAGACGAGCUACGAGGGUUAGGAGAAGCAGCCAUUCAACUGGGAAAUCGGGUAGAAAAGAGUUUGCAGGAGUUUGGGGAAGGUUUCAGACAGGACAUGCAGACACUUGUUGCUUCUCAAGAGACAUUAGCAGUCAGUCUACAACAAAACAAUGUCCUGUUGCAAAGGCUGCUGGGAGUGCUUGAAGCCCAGCAACAACCACAACCACAGCCGCAUCGUGUACAACAAGCACACCAAACACAAACAUCUCAACAGCACUUACAACCUCAGCCAGCUCAGCAGCUGCAACACAUCGAACCACAACAGCAACAACAACAGCAGUUUGAAACACCACUGCAAACAGAAAUUAAAACAAAUCAUCAACAGCAGCCUGUGGUCACCCAGCUUUCAAAUAAUCAGUCAGCGGUGGCAUCGUUGCCUUCACCAUUGUCCCCUGACUUACAUGGCACUGUUCCCCCUGAUCCACCCACAGACACAAAUGGGACUGUGACGAGGCCAAGGCGAGGGAAAGCUGUUGAUCACAGGCGCAGGAGACGACGCUAAAGUAGAAGUACAUACGCGGACAUCAUGCAUAUUCAGUGUCUACAAAUGUGACAAGAAAUUGUGAUUUUUUUUUUUCUUUUGGAAGAAUUUUUAUGAAGAAUAAACGGACUUAUUUUGAGUGUUACGUAACACUCCAAAUCAGUAAUUCAUAUUGCACUUACAUAUGUAUUCAGAAAGUACUGAAGUAGAUAAGCAGAUUAAACAAAUUACAUAAUAGGGUGGCCUUAACAUAUGCUUGGUUCUUAAGUAUAUACAUAUAUGUAUAUAAUGCGCUAACACUUUCUGAAACAAGUUGCUCAUGAUGCACUCAUGAGAUUUUUUGGCCCAGAUAACACCAAACUGUAGGUGCUGAUGUUUGAUGGUGUCACUGCAUGUCACUGUAAAAGCCUAGCAGCUGAGCAGCAAAGAUCAUGAUGCUCUCUCUAGUUCAGUACUCAAUUCAGUCUCUGUCUCAAUUCUUCUGACCCACUGACUACAUUGUCGUAAAGUACCUGUAAUCUGCAGUUGUUACCCCAUAUUGUAGUUCUACAGCUAAUGUAAUUACCUGCUACUGUAUGCUUGUGCUUUUUUACUGAGCCCCUCAAGGCUCAGAUAAAAAAAAGAAGAAGAAUAAAAAGCAAUUUGCAAAUCUGUUCGCACCGUUUACAAAUCUGUGCACACAGAUUUUGCGUCAAUGGGAA